AUGGAUAGUGGACAAUUAACUAUUGAAACGGUUACACAAUUAUUACAUCAACACACAUUUCCGGCAUCUGUUGAAGCAGCAUUGAUUGCAAUGCGUGAAUGUUCAAUGUUUGCACGUAAAGAUUUAACUAUGUUAGCAAAUCGUUUUUUAUUUUGUCAUUCACUUUCAACAUCAAAUACGAAUCCAUCUCAGCCCGUAUGGAAAAAAACAUUAAAUAAUAUUCAAGAACUUCAUACACUCGAUCUACUAAGACAAUUUCUAGAAAAUCAAUCAGAUAUAACAAUUUCAGCACGUGUUUUCGAUGCAAUUUUUUUCGAUAUACUCUCAGAUCCCGAUCAUCCAUUAUUUACACUUUACUAUAAUUUAUUUUUAAAAUUUCUUUCACUUGCAAUAUCAUUUGAAUCGAAACCAGCAUUAACAAUAAUCGCACAAUGGUUCUUAACAGUAUCGAAAACCAUCGAUUCAUUAUUAACAAAAAUUAUCGAAUACAUUAUACAUGAACAUAUAGCACUAGCAAUAACAAAAUCAACCAAUAAUCUUUGUAUAAUAUCGCCAUUGUUUACAUUAUGUUUUAUUAAACAAACAUGUGUAUUAUUAGAUAAGGAAAAUUUUAUUGUUGACACAAAAAUCAUUCAAACAUUGAUUGAAUUACUUACAUAUGGUUUAACAAAUUCUACCAACCUUCUGCUUGCUACUUUACAACAAGAAUUUAUUACACAAAGUAAUUCAUCGUUGUUCAACUUUAUUCCUUCAAUGAUUCGUUUAAAUGUUUUAUUUCCUCUUCGUUCAUAUGGAUCGUCGUCAUUAUGCUUACAUCUUGAUCAUUUUCAUACAGCGAUUCUUUCAUUUUUAUUUUCCAUCGUUGUUAAUCAUUCAGAUCAAAAUAUAAUUCUUCAGAAAAAUCUUUUUCCAUCGAAUUACUUCGAACAAUUACUUGUUACCUUUGAAGAUUUUAUUGAACGUGAACAACCGGAACAAAAAAAUAUUGAUGAAUGUAUACAACGUUAUUUACAAACUGUAUCCAUCUGUAAAACUCCAUCGUUGCCAUUAAUUCAAUUGUGCAUCUCUGAUCUAGAAAAACACUUUUCUCUUUUUACAAAUCAUAAACUAUUUCAGAUAUUAAAACAUAAAGAAGAACAAGAAAUGAGAAAAGCCUAA